ACGCUAUAUUCAUCUGCUCCAGCUUGCAGUUGCUGAAACUCCCCUCAGGAACUCCUGGGUACUUUUCUCCACCGUUUGAGCUGCUCAACACAAUGCCAUUCAUGCCACGGGCUGAAAACAGGCGAAGCCCCUGCUCCAUGAAUCCAACAAUGUGGAGAACAUGCAGUCUUUUUUGCGCAUGGUGUCUCCUGUUCCUGACAGAGGUCUGUGCGCAGUCUCAGCGGAGACCAGUCUUCACAUGCGGUGGAAACAUCACAGGGGAAUCUGGAGUAAUUGGGAGUCAGGGAUACCCAGGAGUUUACCCUCCAAAUACCAAAUGUGUGUGGAGGAUCACAGUCCCUGAGGGAAGGGUGGUGGUCCUAUCAUUCCGCUUUAUCGACUUGGAGAGUGACAACCUCUGCCGCUACGACUAUGUGGAUGUUUACAGUGGCCAUGUCAGUGGGCAGAGGCUCGGACGAUUCUGUGGAACGUUCAAGCCAGGAGCCCUGGUUUCCACGGGCAACAAGAUGCUCCUGCAGAUGGUAUCUGAUGCCAACACUGCUGGGAGUGGCUUCCUGGCAGUUUUCUCUGCCGCCCACCCACAUGAGAGAGGUGACCAGUACUGUGGAGGCAGGUUGGACAAACCUUCAGGGACGUUCAAGACACCAAACUGGCCCGAGAAGGACUACCCGGCUGGGGUCACCUGCUCCUGGCACAUAGUGGCACCGAAGAACCAGAUAAUUGAAGUCAAGUUUGAGAAGUUUGACGUGGAAAGAGAUAAUUACUGCCGCUACGACCAUGUCUCCAUUUUCAACGGAGCCGAAAUCAAUGAUGCUAAGAGGAUUGGAAAAUACUGCGGAGACAGCCCCCCAGCCCCAGUGUUUUCUGAGGGGAACCAGCUCCUAAUCCAGUUCCUGUCAGAUCUCAGCCUAACCGCAGACGGCUUCAUCGGACACUACAAGUUCAGGCCCAAGAAAUUUCCUACCACCACAGUCCCACCCACGACCACCACGCAGCCAGUCACCACCAGGCCCAUACCUCUGAAGUACUCCGUAGCCCUGUGCCAGCAGAAAUGCAAAAGACGAGGAACACUUGAGGGCAAUUACUGCUCCAGCAAUUUUGUAAUCACCGGGACUGUCAUUACCGCCGUGAUGAGAGGAGGAAGUAUGUACGCUACUGUCUCUAUCAUCAACGUCUAUAAAGAAGGCAGUCUGGCAAUCCAGCAGGCCGGGAAGACCAUGAGCACCAAGAUCAUUAUCCUGUGCAAGAAGUGCCCAUUUGUAAAAAGAGGCUUGAACUACAUCUUCAUGGGCCAGGUGGAUGAAGACGGCCGGGGGAAAAUCGCCCCCCAUCACUUUGUUAUGGCAUUUAAGACGAAGAACCAGAAAGGACUCAAUGUUCUGAAAAACAAGCAGUGCUGAGUUCCGGUAGCAGUGAGGAUCUCCACUGGACUGGUGCGCCCGAGGCUGAGCUGCGGAUGGAAACGAUUAAGCAAAAUACGAUCUCCGUCUCGACAACAAACACACAACACAAACACAACACUGACUGUAUGUGCAGAGCUCCCAGGGUAAGACCAAAAUUUACAUAAUUCAUUAAAGCCACCAAAAUAGGCGAUGUACAUUUUUGUGUAUUUAUUAAAUUUGCUUCAAACCAAACAAGAAAAUAUCCAUGUUUUUCAUUACCGAAGGCUCACGUGCAAGAAUCAGCAAUAAAAUUGGAAAUAUUUCUCCCCUACUCUCACUCUGCAUGGUCACAUUCCUGUCAUACCCCUGGCAGACAGAUUAAAUGGUGGAAAGCUGGGAACACGAGGUCCACAUUUCACAGUGACAUGCUUGAUUCAAGUUUUCAGUUUGCACCUGGAUUGUGACAAGGCAAUAUUACCACAAAUAUAUCCAUAUUCUGCCUUUUAGUUGUCUGUAGAGUGACAAAUAAUAUGAUUCAUUAAAUAAGAGUAGCCUUAUAUUUCAGAAGCCUGACUGAUUUGUGAUGGAUUUGUUAAAGCUGUAGUAUGACUGACGGCAAUAACAAUUUGCUGGUCAUUGUUUUUUUGUUCUGUUUCUUUGGGCAGGAGUUGGAACUUUUUCAAUGUGGUGAUAAAAGUGUGCAAUAUUUAAUAUAUACAUGAUUCUAAUCAUUUUUUGCUGGUUUUAUGUGAAACAAAUAAGGACCUAAGUAAAGCUUUUUGUUUAAUUGCAAAUGGAUGCAAAGCACCGCCGUCACUAUACGUUAUUUACUUAGUGUCAUUGUUUUUAAAAGAAAAGGUUUGAAAUGAAUAAUGGAAAUAUUUUCAUAUGAAAAAGUCUGUGAAUAUUUAUAUUUUAGUGUUUUCACCUGCUCAAAUAAACUUGUUAAACAGU